GUCAGGUUGCAAAGGCCAGCAGGAGUGGAUCCACAGAGUUUGGAAUUCCUUCGGGAUAUUUAUCGCUUCUCGGCCUUUUGGAUAAAAUCAAAUUUUAAAAAUGGGAUAUUUAUCCAGCUCUUUCCGAGUACUCUGGGAUCAGCUCCUCUAAAUCUGCACAGAUGCUGAGCUGUUAACUUUUUAAAGAAAGUUGCAGCCUAACUUUUUGUUUGUUGGGUCCACCCAUCUUUCCCCUCCCACACAAACUUCAGUGGGACGUAUUUCUCCGUUGGGUCGAGAGUUGCGCGGAGUCUCCGGCCGAAGGGACCCGCGCCACGUCCCGGAAAAAAUCGGUGAAGUUUUGCCGGAGUUGGAAGUUGCGGGACCUCGGGGAGCAGGGGCCGAUGCGCGCCGUUUGCUGAACUGGACGGGGAGCCUUUAUUCCUGGGAAUUAAAGAGCUUGCGAUCUGUGAGAGAAUGCGAGCGGUGGGGCUGGUCUUGCUCUGUUUUUGGGUUGAGUCUCUGACCCAGACCGCCGAUCCAGAAGAUGUGCGUUUCCUGCAGGAUCCGGAGAGCAUUGUGUCCUCCCAGGGGAAGCAGGUGAAACUGCGAUGUUCCAUCAAGGUGACGGACGAACUCCCCGAAAUAAACUGGCAGCGGGAUGGUACUCUGUACAUCGCCAACGUCAACCAAGUGCUCAUUCCUCUGAGUGACGUGGAGUGGCUGGCCAUCAGUGAGCUGAGUAUUCCUUCCAUUCACCGCUCUGAUGCUGGGAGUUACCGCUGUGUCACUUCAGUCAAAGGGAAGAGAAUUGUUUCCAAAGAAGCUCAGCUGGACACGGAGGGUUUGCCCCACUUUACAGAGGAGCCACAGGACCUCAAUGUGUUUGCGGGCGCGCCCUUUAAUCUGAGCUGUGCUGCUGCGGGAUCGCCCAGCGUUCAGGAGCUGGUAUGGCUGCAGGACGGGCUUCCAGUUCCUCGCAAAGAGAAGGCAGCAACAUUAUCUCCUUCAAUCUUCGCAGUCAGAGGACUGCGGAAGUCAACAACCUUCCGGUGCGAGGCUCACAACGCCAAAGGAGUUGCCACCUCCAGGACUGCCACAAUCAGAAUUCUACCAGAUCAGCCAGAAAAUGUGACGGUGACAUUUGUCAGCUCACAGGCUUUGGGCAUCUCCUGGAAGGCUGGAUUAAGUGGCUCUGCCCCACUCACUUCCUGCUCAGUCCAGACCAACCAAUCCAGGGGCAAUGCUAGCCAGGAGGUCUACUUUGAGGAAGUCGCUGUUCCACCGUUCAGCCACGUUAUUCGAGGAUUGAGGCCGUACUCAGAGUUCAGUAUCCACCUGUUCUGCAGUACUGGGAUCGGACGCUCACGCUGGAGUGACGGCGUGACGGCCGCGACAAUCGAAGGAGAGCCAGAUGUGGCACCGAACAAUGUAACCUUUCACUACAAUGGCAGCGUUCUGGUCUUUGAGUGGAUGGAGCCGUCCACCGGCCUAAAUGGGCUUCUGCAAGGGUACAAAGUGGCUUAUCAGGUCCAGGAUUAUAAUGAGGUGAUCGUGGACAAUGGGAUGAUAUCGAACAUCACUCUGGAGGUGGUACCACCCAUCAUGAACCUGAGUCUGCGCGUGGCAGCCUACACGAGAGCAGGCGAUGGUCCCUGGAGUGAUCCCAUCAUAGUUACCCUGCUUGGCUCAGAUAGCCCAAGGGAAACAAGCCACACAGUAGGGCACGCAGGCCGGAGCGGGUUCUCCUGGCACUGGUGGUACGUAGUGAUGGCCGCCGCUGUGGCUGCAACCUGUGCAGUGUGCAUCGCGGUGUUGGUUGCCCGACGCUUGAAGAAGGAGGUCCGAUACGGAGAGGCAUUCGAGCCUAUGAUCGAUAGAGGAGAGUUGGUGGUGCGUUACCGAGUCAGAAAAUCGUACAGCAGACGGACCACUGAGACGACCUUGAACACUCUGGGAAUCAGCGAUGACCUCAAGGAGAAGCUCCAAGAUGUGAUGAUUGACCGCCACAAGUUGGCCCUGGGCAAGACCCUGGGUGAAGGGGAGUUUGGUUCAGUAAUGGAAGGGCAAUUAAACCAAGAUGAUUAUUUUCUCAAGGUGGCUGUGAAGACAAUGAAAAUUGCGAUCUGUACCCGGACGGAGAUGGAAGACUUCCUCCGCGAGGCCGUCUGCAUGAAAGAGUUUGACCAUCCCAACGUCAUGCGUCUGCUAGGGGUGUGUCUGCAGAGCCAUGAGAAUGAAGGCUUUCCCUCCCCGGUGGUCAUCCUGCCCUUCAUGAAACACGGAGACCUGCACAGUUUCCUGCUGUACUCUCGGCUGGGGGAAAACCCUCUGUACCUCCCGAUGCAGACCCUGGUGAAGUUCAUGGUGGACGUUGCCCGGGGGAUGGAGUACCUCAGCAACAAGAACUUCAUCCACAGGGACCUGGCUGCUCGUAACUGCAUGUUGAAUGAAAACAUGAGUGUCUGUGUGGCUGAUUUUGGCCUUUCCAAAAAAAUCUACAACGGGGAUUACUAUCGCCAGGGCCGGAUCUCGAAGAUGCCCGUGAAGUGGAUCGCGAUCGAAAGCCUGGCAGACAGAGUUUACACAAGCAAGAGCGAUGUGUGGUCCUACGGUGUCACCAUGUGGGAGAUUGCAACCCGUGGACAGACGCCUUACCCAGGUGUGGAGAACAGCGAGAUCUAUGACUACCUGCGGCAGGGCAACAGACUGAAACAGCCACCUGACUGUCUGGAUGUACUGUACGAGUUGAUGUACUAUUGCUGGCAACUAAAUCCUAGAGAACGGCCAACAUUUGAGAUAAUCUGCUGUCAGCUGGAGAAAAUUCUAGAAGACCUGCCGGACCCUUCAGAUCCAGAGGAGAUCCUCUACGUCAACAUGGAGGAUGCCUGUGGGCGGCGGGACAGCAGCUGUGAGCAGGGAGCGGUGGGGGGCAGGGACCUUGAGGAGUGUCUAAAGAACUCCAGCUCGCAAUUCUCCAAGGCGCCCACCACCACCACAGUUGACGUCCACCAGACGGACACAGUUGACCGCUACGUCCUGUGCCCACCCGCUGAGACAGCCCGUCUCAUGGCAAUGGCCUCACUCUCCAGCGCCAAUGAUCCAUGCUCGCUGGCUGAUGAUCUUCCACUGGAGGAGCUGUGUGGAAAGGAUUGCAAGUGAUAGAGAUGGUGUGCCAUUCACGAUGUUUUGUGUUUACAAGUGCCUUACCUUCAACAAUCUCUCCAUUCAGCUCCAAGCAGGCACUUCCAAAAGUCACUAUGACCACAGUGGUACAGGGAACAACCUUCUUGGCAACUGUGGCAACUGGAGCCAUUGUUACAGACAAACCAAUCGAAUCAACCAUUCCCAAACCCAAUCUAUUUAGCACAAAAUCUCUCAUAUACCAUGAAACUCAAAGUUUCCCGUUUGUUUAAUGCUUGGCAUUCUUCAUUUCCUUUAAAGUGGAAUUCAUGAGAUGAGAUAUCUCCAGACUUCCAGUCACCAGGGGCCGGUUUUCCCUUAUCAUCUCCCUGCUUCCCAUCCCGGUGACACCACACUUCAAAGUCUGGGAUAUUGCUGCCCAAACAAGAACCGGAUCCUGAGCACCUUUUGGAAUUGUGGUUCAGUUUUUGUUGGUGAGGUGUGGUGGAGUCAGUCACUAUGGAGCCUAGCAUGCUGGGUAUCCAUGACCCAGCUUACAUUUUCACUGAUGGUCAAUGAGUUGUGAGUUCUGCGGGAACCUCGGACUCAGUUUUUUAACUUUUAUAUUUGGCAAUGGGAAUAGGAAAUAUUUGUGACAUAAAAAAAUUUAUUAACAAUGGAUCAGAUGAGGUUUUCCUCAAAAUUUAUAUUUUCCUUAACUAUUUAAGAUAAAGUUGGAAUGAGAGGGAGAAAUGUUAGCAGCAAAGUAUAGACAGGCGGAGGACCAUGUUCUGAGAACAUGCUGCUUUCCAAGCUUCUUCCUGUAUCUCCCUAGUAGACUCAAAAUCAGACGUAUUUCAUCUCAGUGAUAACAAGUAUACAUGCAAGGAUCAUUACUGGGUAACUGGGGUAUAGUUAGCAUUCCCUCGGUGGAAGGGAUUUUCUCAAGCACCACACUGAACACAUAGACAUCACUCAAAGGCUGAAUAUCGAGCACUUUGUACCAGUCUCGAGGGCUGGAAAAGUAUAGACACUGUGACCUCUCUGCCAACUGAACAUGCCGCACUUUAGACUCACUUGCACACAGUGGGGAGAAAACCCUGACUGUGGGUUCCAGCAUUGGUGUCAGAGAGCUGGUUGAAUUAUUAGGUACUUUGCUUCUGGGAUUAAGUGUUGGUUCAAUAGCUCAAUAACUCUGUACCUCUCCUCAUUUGUUGGACAAUUGCCAGUGUGGUGGGCCACUGCUCCUCAUUGUGACCUUAACCAGUAGAUAUUUCAUCAGCUUUCUGUGCAGUUGGCUUUUUGUUAGCAAUCAUUUUGCUGUUUCUCAAGUGUGAACCCUUUUACAAACCAGGCCUGCAGUAGCUUGGAAAAGGAGUCAAGUAAACCAGGAGAGCAACAGCAGACUUCUUGGCAGUGGGGCUUUGUUGACCAGGACACUGAUACUUGGGGGUGAGAGUCAGCAUCCACCCCAGCAGCCAGAACCAUUUAAAUUUUGAAUGCCAACAACAGUUAUUUUCAAAGAAACCUCUUUGGGCAAAAGACAGUUUUAGCCAUUGAGACCCAAUCUUUGGGCUUUCAGUGUCUGGGCAAGAUUAAUAUGGUGUUUUUGUGUGGCAUUUGACCUCAGGCACACUCUGGUGUGAACUCAAGCCAGGGGAUGGCACUCAUGUUGCGUAGAUGGACCAAUCACCUUCCAGAUACCUGUUCCAAUGAUGGUUCGCUGAGAAGUCUGGGAUACCCACUGUGUACAUUCAGAAGUAAUUGACCAAUGAAAAACUGACUUUUUCAUUGCUCUAUCAUAUUCAAUUUGCUAUUGUUGAUUUUUUAAAUUCCUUAUGAAUGAACUGACCCCAUAUUAACAUGCAAUGUCUUAGAGUCAGACAGCACAGGAACAGGCCCUUCACCCUAGCUGGUUCAUGCCCACCUGUUAGUUCCAGUUGCCUGCAUUAGGCCAAAGACGUUUGUUCCCACAUGGUGCAGUGAGGCUGUACAAGGCCCAAAUGCUUAACCAACGAAGGGGCUCACCUUCUCGAGCAUUCUGAGUUAGUUAGACAGCUACCAACACUAGAGCAAUUGUCCACUGCCAACACAACACAGUUACAAGAGGCCAAGACUGCAGGAAAGAUUGAACAAAAGAAUCCCAUCAGAACUUCAUUAGGAAUUUGGCAAGCAAAGGUUUUAUUCAUAUUCAGGCUUCAAUUAAUACAAUUUUCAGUAACCACAAUUGAAUCUACAACAGUAUGUAUCUUCCUGAGAUUCAGUGUUCCUAUUCACCACUGCAGAAGUACUCAGGACAAUAAUGUCAUGCCCACUCAGACACACUGCCAAAGUCAACAACUACAUUAACCACACUGCCAACGGCCUGAUUAUCUUUGGCCACCUGCCUUUUAAUCUACUCAAUAGUCCGGCUGCAAUGUCUGAGACAGUAAGAAGAAUUAGGUCACUUGGCCCAACAAGAUUCCUCCUCCAUUCCAUCAUGGCUGAUUUAUUCUCCCUCUCAGUCUCACUCCCUUGCCUUCUCCCCAUAAUCUUUGAUGCCCUUACUAAUCAAGAACCGAUCAACCUCCACUUUAAAUAUGCCCAAUGAUAUAAAUUCGACAGAUUCACCACUCUGGCUAAAGUUGUUCGUCCUCAGCUCUAAGACACCAGGUUUCAGUGAGGGGAAUGGGUGGAUGUGCCACUCUGUAGAGAAUGCAUCAGUGUACUGUAUAAUUGUCAGUGUGUAAUUAGGCAGAAGAGUUAUUCAUCAUAAGCAGCUGGAAGUACUCAUCAGGUCAGGCAGGAUCUGUGGAAAGAGGAACAGAGUUAAUGUUUCAGAUCUAACUAAUGGUCUCAGACCUGAAAUAUUAACCAGUUCUCUCUCUACAGGCGCUGCCUGACCUCCUGCGUGUUCCUCUUUCUCCACAGAUGCUGCCUGACCUGCUGAGUGUUUCCACCAGUCUCAGUUUAUAUUUCUGAUUUCCAGCAUCUGCAAGGACUCAGUGGAUUUACUAUAAAACAUCAGUAACACAGAAAUUUAACACCUUUGCAGCUAAAAAAACGUCCAAGCUGAUAAAGUGACCUUUGGAGGACUUGGUGAUAGGGAAGGUCUAUUAGAAUUUGUCUCCAAUUGGGUUGGGUUACUAACCAGUAAUGAUGGAAGAUCAGAGUGGGAAAAUUUCCCCCUGUGUAGCGGUGGUUAUUAACUACCCUGACGCCAAAACUAAGUCACCUGAAGGAGUCAAUUCCCACUGCUGUCUGUCAGGAGUUUGUAUAUUCUCUCCGUGACGGCGUGAGUUUCCUCCAGUUGCUCCGGUUCCCUUCCACGUUUCAAAGUUGUCGGGUUAGUAGCUUAAUUGGAGAUGGGUGUAAUUGUGUAGCACAGCCUCACUGGGCAGGCAGGGCCUGCUACCAUGCUGUAUCUCCAACUAAAAAUUUAACAAAAAUAAAAACAUCAAGCGUUCUCCUGAACCAAAAUUCACCCUUAAAGAAAAAUAGGAUAAACUUGACAGUUGGAGGCAAUAUGACUUUGACCUUUUAGGUCUGGGGUCAAUGUAUUUUUUUCUACUUUGCCAGGAAUAUAAUAUUCUCUCUUGACUUUUGGGUUUCAGUAAGGUAUUUGUUCAAAUUUAUGGGCUAGAAAUAUUCCAAAGGAGCAAAUGGGCAAGAUUGCCAAGUGCGUUAAUUUGCAUUUCUCCUGGCCCUUCCUGUGAGCCACUGGGGGACACAAUGGAACAAAUGGCGCACAGUGCUAGUGACCUCAUUUCCAUCCAGACCACCUGUGCUGCAUGUUCCCCCUGUAACCUCAUGGGACUCUCCACAGGUACUCUAAAUUCCUCGCCAUGUUCCUCCACAGAUUCUCUGCUCUCCUCAUCACAUUGUCCCUGUAACCUCAUGGGUUUCUCCACAGGUUCUCCAGUUUCUUCGCCACGUUGUUCGUGUAACCAUGUGGGUUUCUUCACAGGUUCUCCAGAUUCCUCACACAUCUCAAACUAAUGCCAGUUAAUGGGUUAAUUACCCUGGUGUGUCAAUCUGCAGUAGAAUCUGGAGAGAGCUGAUGGGGAUGAGGGAAGAAUAAACAAAUGGGAUUAAUGUAAAACUUGUGUGAAUAGCUGGCUGGCAUAAACUAGAUGGACUGAAGGGCCUGUUUCUGUGUUGUAUGACUCUGUGACUCCAUCAUGCCUUAAGGUUACCCAGUAACCCAAGACCUUUGUUGUCCAUUCCCCUUACCAUUUCCUGUAAUCCAUCUACCCAAUCUCCAACCUGUUUUCAUAGUAAACAUGGCAUUUGUGUGAAAUCUACCAAGAUGAGGGAUUAUAUAUCCAAACAUCUGGAAGUUGGAAAUCUUUUGCAUCAAACCAAACCCACAGAGAGCACCUACCGCUGGUCUAGGAUAUCCUGGGAAUCAAAGGACCACCUACCACUGGUCCAGGAUAUCCCAGGCAGCAGUGGACCAUAUACUAUUGGUCCAGGAUAUCCUGGGCAGUAGCUGACUCCAGACAAAGCUAUGCUAUGAUUGAUUUCUUAAACUUUGCAGGUCUCUUUCUUACAAAAGUUUUUAUACAAGUGUAUAUACUUGAUUCAAGCUGUAAUUAAUUGCAUCUAUUAGUUGCUGUUCAGGCUGAGAGCUAUAUCGCGGCUAAAUAUUGAUGUACAUGCUUUUUAUUAAAUAAAUUCUCUUUAUUAGUCUGAUUGUCCGUAGUAUGAUUGUCAUAUUAGUCUGAUUGUCAUUGGACUGAACUAAAAUUAAUCAGAUAACGUUUGUAUCAUGAAGCCUUGCAACAGCAGAAACUUAAUGUCUCACCCGAAUUGCUGAGUCAGAAUGCCGAAGGUCAGGGGUAACAUUUGGCCCACUGCGCCUAUCAGAAGAUGGGACAGUGAGGAUGUGUUGGGGGCUGUAAUGGACUGGAUUGGGAUGGAAGGACAGUG